UCCAGUGCCCAAAACGCUCCACGGGGAUUUCGCUUCCAUCUUCAACUUCGUCACCAAACAAACUCCAUCUCGUCUCCCACCGCUGCCGUCCCCACACCGCACCACGGCCGCCGGCGGCGCCGCAGCCAUGCACGGCCGCCGCCACCUCGCGGCAUCCCUGGCGCGGGCCCUGGCCCAGGCCCCCUCCCGCUCAAUCUCCUCCACCCCGUCGCUCCUCCAAACCCUCGACUCGUCCGUACCCUCGCCUCCGUCGGAGGGGCGGCUCGCGGAGCUGCGCGCGCGGCUGCAGGCGGACGCGCCGUCGCUGGGGGACUUCACGUACUCGGUGGAGGUGGGGACGCGGAAGCGCCCGCUGCCCAAGCCCAAGUGGAUGAAGGAGACUGUGCCGGGGGGCGCCAAGUACGCGGCCAUCAAGGCCAAGCUGCGGGAGCUGAAGCUGCACACCGUCUGCGAGGAGGCGCGGUGCCCCAACCUCGGCGAGUGCUGGUCCGGCGGCGAGACCGGCACGGCCACCGCCACAAUUAUGAUCCUUGGGGACACCUGCACGCGCGGCUGCAGAUUCUGUAAUGUCAAGACAUCUCGAACUCCCCCUCCACCAGAUCCUGAUGAGCCUUCCAAUGUCGCUCAAGCUAUAGCCUCAUGGGGCCUUGAAUAUAUCGUCAUCACGAGUGUGGACCGGGACGAUUUACCUGAUCAGGGCAGCGGUCACUUUGCUGAAACAGUACAGAAGUUAAAGGCUUUGAAGCCAGAAAUGCUUAUUGAAGCACUUGUACCUGACUUCCGUGGAGAUCCAAGCUGUGUAGAGAAGGUUGCAACUUCUGGGUUGCAUGUUUUUGCACACAACAUUGAAACAGUGGAAGAGCUGCAAAGAAGUGUCCGGGACUAUCGUGCAAAUUUCAAACAAUCUAUAGAUGUUCUGAAAAUGGCAAAAGAGUAUGCUCCUCCUGGUACCCUUACAAAGACAUCAAUAAUGCUGGGUUGCGGGGAGACUCCGGAUCAAGUUAUUAGCACCAUGGAAAAAGUGCGGGCAGCUGGUGUUGAUGUUAUAACAUUUGGCCAGUACAUGAGGCCAUCGAAACGUCACAUGCCUGUUUCCGAGUAUGUUACACCUGAAGCUUUUGAGAAGUAUCGGGCCCUUGGUGUUGAAAUGGGUUUCCGUUAUGUCGCAUCUGGGCCGAUGGUUCGGUCCUCCUACAAGGCUGGUGAGUUCUACAUCAAAGCUAUGAUUGAAGCCGAUCGAGCAAAAGGAUCCACUGCAGAGUCAAGUGCAUAGUUGACGUUGCCUCCGCCCCUUGACAUUGCUAUGCUGCAAAUAAGCUCCCCACUGCUUUGUGGCCGGAAGGCCAUGCUGAUUUGUGCCACCAUUGCAACCCCACAUUUAUUUUUAUCAUAGAAUAACUCCUGCUGGCUCCUUUGUGCCACUCCGCAUUGCGUCGCGCUCCCUCGCGAGUUGAAAUACUUGUGCUUCAGCAGAUCGAUUUCCCCCCCUUUUUGUGUUCAGGUUCAUUUCUGUUGUAACAUCAGUUAGGCCAUGGCCUCCUUUGUAUUUUGAUUGUACAGAAUGUGAAUACAGGGCUUGCAUUGGAA